GCUCCAAAGAAUCGCACAGCCGAAUCAGAACCAACCAAUCUCAUGUGCGAUAGUCCGAAUCUCCAUUGCAAUGAGCAGCAUCGGAUCAUGGAAGAGCAAACCAAAGAACAAAGCGACCCAGAAUCGUCACCGUUUCUGCACUGCCAGUUCAUGAUACAAGAGAAGCUUGCAGGAGGAGGAGGAGGAGGAGGAGGAGGAGGAGAAGAUGAGCUUGAGCUUCAAGGCCUCUUGUCCAGAGAAGAGCGAGCGCAUUCCGAGCCACUAUUUUGCAGCUACCGAGAUCGUCUUCCAGAGGACCCGGCCCUCGACCAGGCUCGUCGAGAGGCGAUAAAGUGGACGCACCGAGUGUGUCGACGCUACGCAUUUUCUUGCAUCACGGAGGUCCUGUCGGUCGACUAUUUCGACCGGCUUCAUGCAAACAUUCAGGUUGCGGAGAUGAAGCCGUGGAUGGUGCAGUUGGUGGCUACUGCUUGUCUAUCUCUGGCUGCGAAAGUUAACGAGAUCCAUGUUCCGACUCUUUCAGCUCUUCAAGUUGAGGGACCAAACUAUAUGUUUGAGCCUAAGACGGUCCAAAGAAUGGAACUCCUAGUGCUCUCUAGGCUCGAGUGGAGGAUGAACCCGGUCGCUCCAUUUUCCUUCCUAAAUCACAUCACUGGAAGGCUCCACAGCUCGCAAAUGGAUCGAUUCAUGACCUUGUUCGAGCUCUCUCUCCUCGCUCUCGUCUCCGAUUCGAGGUUUAUCCAUCAACGGCCUUCAGUGAUCGCAGCAGCCAUCACUUGCCGGUCAAUGGAGAAGAUGCAGUAUGAUGGCAGUCAGAUCGGUUGCUUCCUGAAUGCUCUUAGCAAUAGUCUCAAGUGGAGCGAGGUUGGAAGGACGUUCGAGGAGUGUUAUGAAUUGGUAGGUGAAUUGCAAUUUAAAGGUGCCCAUGUGAAUUGUCAUUAG